AUGGCAGUCACCCAGUUCAAACUACCAGAUUUUUGGUCUCAUGAUCCGGAACUUUGGUUCAUCCACAUCGAAGCCCUGUUCACCACCAGAAACAUCAGAAGUGACCAGACGAAGUAUGGAGCUGUUGUUGCUGCCUUGGGCUCGGAUGUUCUCAAGGAGAUGUCCGACGUUCUCAGGAAUCCACCGCCCACAGAUACGUAUAUUAACCUCAAAAAUAUACUUCUCAAACGUUUCACUGACUCAGUUGAUCGCCAGUUACAUAAACUGUUGACAGAGAUGCAGCUUGGUACACAAAAGCCAAGCCAACUUCUCAGGCAAAUGAAAACGCUCGCUGGCAACAGAGCAAGCGAAGAACUCAUUCGCAGCAGAUGGCUGGCCCUGUUGCCUGAUACUGUGUCCAAGAUCCUCAAAGCAGUCUCUAAAAACUCCACUCUCGAUCAGCUCGCUGAGGCAGCCGACAGCUGUAUGGAAAAUCACACCAGCUCCCAAGUCCUGUCAACCAGCUUCCAGUCCAUGGCUCAACAACCAGCCAUUGCUACCCAGUGCUCAGCAACCCAUGACCUUCAUUCCUCAGCCCAUGGGAGCUGA